AUGGAACUGGUCUACAGCAAUGUACUUACACGAGAAGAGCGUGAAGAGCUGUCUUGGAUCAUAUUACUCCUAACACACAACCAACACACUGGCCACACCUGCACCCUUGCAAGUCUCGAUCGCAUGUUGUUCGAGACCUCGCUGACUGGCCGCACGGGCACCUCUCUCGGUGAAAGAAUACGCGACAACUUCACUCCUCUGUUUGAUCUCGAACAAGAGGAUGGGAUCUCCCUCAGUCAUCUCAAAGUCCACGAUCCUGCACGCGCUUUGGAGCUUACGUUCAAACCUUCCACGACGACUGUUACUUUUGCGCACCCAUCGCUCAUUGAGUAUUUUCUUCAACACCGCGACAAAUCUCUCAACGGGAGGGUGAAAGAUGCCCCUGUCUUCAACAGCGCUGAGCUACAUUUUCGCCUACUGCAGCAAUGCUUUCUUAGUUUCGCUGAGCCUCAAAGCGAACCUUUGACUGAAGCGGCCGAAGCGUUUCGGAAGUACGCCGCUACUCACUGGUACACCCACCUCGCAGGCACUUUACCGAGUGACAAUGUCGAAGCCCUGAAUCUUUCGGAAGACGACCGUGAAGAGAUGUUAGGGCCUCUUAACCAUUUCUUCAAAGAUGAGAAUAUCGUGCAGCACUGGUGUCAGCACCUACCAGCAACAUUCUUCAGCAGAGCCAGAUCCGAAGAUGUGGGCGAGUUGAAAAGUCUUUGCUAUUACCACUCAGACCCAGAAGCGUUCGAGUUUAUCAAACUUAGCGCCUUCAUGAGCUCCAAGAAGUGGCAGGACUUCUGGCUACCAGUAGCAAAGGUGCACGCCAAGAAAGGACUACAUGGCGACUGGGAUCGAAACCACUCACUCCAGGUAAUCUUCCACAUCAAGCACCUCGUCGAUACAGAAGAUGCGGUCGCAGAUAUCCGAGGAGAGUUGUCCCAGCAAGAGAUGACUGAGGCUGCGGAAUGGAUCGAGUUGGAGUCGAAGACAGAUCCGCCUGAAUUCACCUUGAAAGAAGAGAGCUCAGGGUUUGAAGAGGAGGAGACAUCGUCUUCUGUGGCGACUCAGAGUAUCAUUGAGGCAUGA